AUGGCCCAGUUCAAUUAUCUAAACGAAUUAAACAGUUUAGCGACAAUGGAUGGGCCAAUAACAAGAGGCCCUCUUCAACGAUGGGUGAAAAAGACUACCAACGAGAAUAUCAAUCCAUCGUUGAGUGCAUCUUUCAAAAAUGUUUCCAACGCAAACCUAAGUUCUUGCAAUCAGUCGAUGCAAAAAUUGUCAAUAUCAGCAAAUCAAAGUUGCAAUAACAGUGUGUUAUCUAGUAGUAAGACUCCUACAAGAAAUGAAAACAAAAAAGGGAAAAAGACUCCCUCAAAGAAUAAAUCUCCAGGUCGAUCAACUACACCUACUCCUAAUAAAGCUUCUAAGACCCCUAAUAAAGCUGACAGAUUUAUCCCUUCUAGGAGUAAUUCAAACUAUGAUUUAUGUCAUUAUAUGAUGAGCCGUGAUGAAGAAAAAGGUGAAGAAGUUGUUACUCAGACGGCAGCUAGUGAGGCCAUUGGAAGAGCACUUACAGAUACUGAACCAGGAAGAUUGCUUCAGUACACAUGUAAAGCACCUGCUGCACCUGAGGGAUACCAGAACAGAUUACGAGUUGUGUACUCACAAGCCAAAGUUCCUUCAACAGUGAAAAACACCACAAGAUACAUUCCACAAGCCCCUGACAGAAUACUUGAUGCCCCUGAUAUUUUGGACGACUAUUAUCUUAAUUUAGUAGACUGGAGUGCAUCAAACAUUCUAGCAGUAGCUUUAGGCAACUCAGUGUACCUUUGGAAUGCUGGAACUGGACAAAUAGAACAACUUCUGACACUAGAAGGCUCAGAGACAGUAUGUUCUGUUUCUUGGGUACAAGGUGGUGGUACACACUUAGCUGUUGGUACUUCAUCUGCAACAGUUGAACUGUGGGAUUGUGAGAAAAUUAAGAGAUUGAGGGUGAUGGAUGGGCACACGGGUCGAGUGGGCUCACUAGCAUGGAACAUGUACAUAGUUUCUAGCGGUGCUCGGGAUGGUAACAUUGUGCACCAUGAUGUGAGGCAACGUGAACAUGCUCUUGCUACCAUCAGUGCACAUUCACAGGAGAUCUGUGGUUUAAAGUGGUCCCCUGAUGGCAAGUACCUGGCAUCAGGUGGCAAUGACAAUCUCCUCAACAUCUGGCCAAUUGUUCAAGGACAGCACUACACACAACCUCAAUAUCUCUAUUCUUUUAACCAACAUUUAGCAGCCGUUAAAGGGCUAGCAUGGUGUCCAUGGAGUGCGGGUAUUUUAGCUUCUGGAGGCGGCACUGCUGAUCGAACCAUACGAAUCUGGAACAUCAACACUGGCGCAAACCUCAACACUGUUGACACUAAAUCUCAGGUGUGCUCGAUCGUGUGGAGCACGCACUACAAGGAGCUGAUCUCGGGGCACGGGUACGCGAACAACCAGCUGGUGAUCUGGAAAUAUCCGCUGAUGUCGCGCGUGGCCGAGCUGACCGGGCACAUGGCGCGCGUGUUGCACCUGGCGCUCUCGCCCGACGGCACCACAGUCCUGUCGGCCGGCGCCGACGAAACGCUCAGGCUCUGGAAAUGUUUCAUGUUAGAUCCGUCCAAGAAGAAAGAGCCCACUGACUCAAAGGCUGCGAAGUCCCUACUGAACAUGAAUUCGUUAAUAAGAUAA